CCUUUCAACAGCCAUUGUUACUAUCUCGAGGAAAGAGAAGCAACUUGGGAUGAGGCAGUGGCUCAAUGUGAACAAAGAAGCUCGUACUUGAUAGAAAUGAAUUCCGACUUAGAAAGUAUUUGGAUCACAGAGUCAUUUCUUUUGCCUGUAACUGGUGUUGAAGCAAUAUGUCCUCACUUCUUCAGCUGUUCAGUUUGGGUUGGUGCAAGAAGUGAAUUGCCUCCGGACGAAUUUCUAUGGAAACAAAGCGAAACGGGAGUUGUGUUUCCUCAAUGGGCGCCAAACCAACCUAACAGCGGUGGUAGUGUCCCUGCAUGCGUCGUUCUUCAGAGGGACGGGACCGGAAAUGACAUGUAUUGUACGAAGACAUUCCAGUUCAUCUGUGAGAAAGAGUAAUACUGUACAAGAGCAGGAAAACCUCGAACAUUCAUGUAACACAGACAUUUGUGUAUAUAUAACAAACGCGACAAAUAUUGUGUUUCCCUU